CAGCAAGCGGUGGAGGCGCCGGCGGCGACGACGACGCCGUUUGACGCCGCGCGGGCUGCGGCGGAGGCGGCGGUGGCGGCUGCGGAGGCGGCACUCGCGGCGUUUGAGGCGAGCGAGUACGACAACGCCACUCGGGCCGCCGCGAAUGCGGAUGCAUGCGCGCGGAAGGCCGCAGCGGCGGUGUCGGGCGGGCAGGGUGCCUCGCGGAAACCUCGGGCGGAGGAGCAGCAGCAACCAAAGCAAGAAGCCAAGCAGCCCAAGCAGGAGGCCGCGACGGCAGACGACGAGGACGCCGCCGUCGCCGUCGCAACAGCACCAACCGCCGACGGAGAGCAGCUCGAGGGCGAGCAAGACGCCGCCGGACCCUCCUCCUCCGCCCCCGCGGGCCCUAUCGCGGAGGUAUCCUGGAUCCGCGGCGGCGGCGGUCGGGGCCGUCCCGAGGGCGGCAAGUUCGCUUACAUUGACCCGGUGGCCCCCGUGGAGGACGAGGGUGUGCUGGGCAGCCUGUACGAGUACUACGGCAUUGCCCCCGACUUCCCGCUGCGCUCCCAGCUGCUGAUGCGCAGUCUGGAGCAGCAGCCCAAGCGGCUGUACUUUGUGUGCCGCAGCCUGCUGGAGAUGAUGCUGGCGGACAGCAGGGAGGCGGUCAAGGUGGUGGCCACCGGGCUCAAGGUGUUUGAGCGGCAGGUGAUCCGCGACCAGGUGAACGAGUGCCCCUACCGGCUGGCGCAGGAGGGGCUGCCGCUGGUGCUGCCGUACAUCACCCGCCAGCGCAUCGAGGUGCCGCCGGGGGUGCUGCUGCAGCUGCUGCGCGACCGCAACCUCAUACUGCCCGAGGCGGCGGCGACGGAGGGGGACACCACGGCGUCGGGCAACCCCCGCGGCACCAAGCCCACACUCUCCGACCCCGCCGUGCUGGCCGCCCUGGAGCCGCUCAAGCUGGGCUGUGUGGUGUGCGAGCUCUCGGCGGAGGACGCGCGCAGGCUGGGCUUCGCGGCAUCCACUCGGGCAGCGCCGGCGGAGGCCCGGGCACUGGCAGCCGGCGGGGCGCCAGCAGCGGGUGCGGGUGCUGAUGGCGGGGAGGCGGAGGAGGUGACCGGGGGCCUGUCGGCGAACGCCCCGCUGGCGGUGGUGGCGUGGAAGGGCAAGGCGAGCCUGAGCAUCAUGGUUGAGAAGGCGGAGUGCACCCAGAUGAUUGAUAAGCUGGAGGCGGAGCUGAAGAAGGUCUCGCCCUCGGAGGCAUGAGAGCGGCUGGGUGGGGGUGGGGGCUGCUGGGAGGCGUCAAGCUGUGCCUCAAGGAUGUCGGUGCUGUAGAGGAGAUACUUGGAGCAAUACGUGCCUCAGCUUAGGGCCACAACGCAGGAGGGCGCUUGGGGGAUUGCGGUACUUUGAGGUGCUGUGCUUGGUCUAGCGCAUGAUGGGAGCUGUCAACUAACAGUCUGCUUGGUGGCCUUAGGUCCUCUAUGCCGGGUGGGCGGUAGUGGCGGUGUGGAACGGAAAAGCAAUCUGUGCAUAGCCGCCUCAGAAGCAUCGGAAGGGGCGCUGAUCGGCAGCACAGCUUCAAAGUGGCGGAGGAGGUCAUCUUGCACUGACACGCAUGGGGGUGAUGGUUGUGUCCCAGAGGCGAGCGUGUGGAGCUAAGAAGGCUUGCACCCUUGUAAACGUCCAG